AUGUUGGUUCUUCCGAUUCUUCUGUGCUUUACUGCUGGUGCUUUUGCUCAGUCAUCAGCAAGUUCUUCAUCAUCAUCGUCAUCGUCGUCAUCUUCGUCUGCCUCUUCUGGGCCAGCUUACGUUUAUCCUCCAAUAACCACUGCUGGACCUUGUCCCUACGUUGCUGGAGAAACACCUGAUUUUGAACGUAUGGCCGGAGCUUGGUAUGAAACCCGUCGUAGCGCUAAUAAUUACGAUGGCAUGGACAGCUGCACCAGAUUUGUUUGGUACCCUCAACCUCAGAACAAUUCUGCGCUACUUAUAUACAACUCAGUUUCCGGAUUGUACGAUAUGACUUCUAAAACGAUUUCCGUGGCCGUCCCCACUAACGAAGGAAUGGCUGUCACUUACCAUGUUCCAACUCUUGGUAACACUGUCAGAAACCGUGUCUUCCUUGACGUUAAUUACGAUGACCAUGUGAUUCUCUACACUUGUGAAGAGAUCGGAAACCAACACAUUGAAACAGCCUGGGUCCAUUCGCGUCAACGAACAUCAGGUCCUAGAAUGGACGCCAUAUUUAGAGAUGCUUUCGCUAGAUAUGGCCUCAAUGUACCGGCGAUGCACUACCAAGACAAUUCUGGCUGUGACUACGACAGUUAUGAUGUAACUUGUGCAUAA